AAGGUUGAACAGAUCACGUGACAACGCCAUCUUGUUGGUUAGGUUAUUUCCGGCAAAAUAAUACAUCUGAAAAAUCCGCUAUCAUCGGGGUUGUUAACAGAAAUCCAUCCAUUUUGGCUGGAGAUUUUGGUCCACUGAUAUCUACCAUCCAAAAUGUGGAAGAUUCGUGAAAUAACAGACAAGGUCACCAAUGUGGUGAUGAACUACAGCGAAGUGGAGGCCAAGGUUCGCGAAGCAACCAAUGAUGAUGCAUGGGGUCCCCACGGCUCUUUGAUGAACGAGGUCGCUCAGUACACAUUCACAUACGAGCAUUUCCCGGAAGUGAUGGGGAUGCUGUGGAAAAGAAUGUUGCAUGACAACAAGAAGAACUGGCGCCGCGUCUAUAAGAGUUUGAUUCUGUUAACGUACCUGGUGCGGAACGGCUCGGAACGUGUGGUAACCAGUUCCAGAGAACACAUCUACGACCUGAGGGCACUGGAAAACUACACCUUCACGGAUGAAAAUGGCAAAGAUCAGGGUCUGAAUGUGCGCCAUAAGUGCAAGGACCUGUUGGGCUUCAUCCAGGACGAUGACAAGAUCAGAGACGAGAGGAAGAAAGCCAAGAAGACGAAGGACAAGUUUGUUGGUGUGUCAGGAGAAGCUACAGGUUAUAACUCCUACAGUGACCGGUAUGAGGAGGAGCCGCGGAGGACCAAGAAGCUUGAUGACAUCGAUGACUGGGGCGGCGGAAAAAAGUCCAUCGCCAACGAAGCAGUGGACAGAGUCAAGGAUGUAUGGAACAAAGUGACGGGUCGACGAGGAGGAGCAGAGGCGCCAGAUUUCUAUGACGAUGAUGACAGGGGAAGUCGCUAUGACGACAGAGUCAGUCGCUACGACGACUACAGAGACAGAAACAAAGACAAAGACAAAGACAGAGACAGAGAUGUGGAUAAUGAUGAUGAUUACAGUGAAAAGGACCGAGAUCGGCCCAGGGAUCGUGAUCGUUAUGAAUAUAAAGACGAUGAUGAAAAUGAAUUUACAUCAGUGGAAAGAACUCAUACAACACGUACAGAAAAAAUCACAACAAAUAGACGGUCAAGACAAGCAAAGAAAAUUGAUCUCGGAGCUGCUAGCACCUUCGGCAAAGAUGCAGAUUCAGUGAGUGUAAAUAGUACUAAUGUAGAGAAUGCACCUAGUCUUAUCGAUAUGGGACAUCAACAGAAGGCAUCAGAGUCCUCCUUUGCUGACUUCAGCGGAUAUCAAUGUGCAAAUGCUAAUGGAAGUUUUGACGAUUUUAACCCUAGGGCAGCAACAACACCUCAAUCUGCAGGUCAACCAGCUGAUUUCGGUGACUUUGCACAGUUUCAGAAUGGAGGAACAGUCUCAUCUCCCACAGGCUCUGCCAACUUCGCAGACUUUUCACAGAUGAACUCCGCCAACUCUCCGACGUCCCCAGUCUCUGGAACACCAGCAGUUUCUAACACAGCCGCCGCAAGCAACGAUCUCUUCGAUAUGUUCGGAUCAACGUCCCCUCAGUCCACCCCCAUACAACCUAUGCAAACAGCAUCCAACCUCAUGUCAUCACCGGCCCAAGCCCCCACAUCCAUGAUGCCAACCCAGCCUGCAAUGGGAACGACAUCACCCAUGAUGAGCACGCCCCCUAUGGGGAUGGGGAUGCCAGUCAAACCAGGGAUGGGACCACGGAUGGGAACCAGGGAUGGGACCACAGAUGGGACCACAGAUGGCGAUGAGUGGCAUGGCACCAGGGAUGGGGAUGCCGGGCCAGAUGCCUGGGCAGAUGCCAAUGGGGAUGAUGCCAGGGAUGUCGACGCACAUGAUGGGCCAGCAGCCCAUGAUGUCGCCCAUGGCAACGGGUAUGAUGCAGCAGCCCAUGCAGAUGACUGGUGUAGGCUACGCAAACUCCUCCAUGCAAAAUUCCAUAUCCACUCCCAUGCAGCUGACCUUAGUCUUCAGAACUACCACAACAGCACAGAGUUAAUGCCCCUACUUGUGCCAGGAUCAUUGGACACGCCAACCUCUGACCCUUCGUCAGCAGGGCCACAAACACCCAAGAAGAUAAACACAUGGUCCGAGUCUAAGGUGGACAUCAGCCUGGACACUCUGAACCCAGCCAACCGAUUCCAGAAGCAAGCCCAGCCCAGCAUGAACCAACUACAGCAGCAAGGCAUGAUGGGAACAGGUGUUGUAUUCUGGUACCCUGAGAUAAACUGCGCAGGUAUGGGAGGAGGAGGAGCUGCUCCUGCUGGGGCUAUGUACACCGGGCAGAGUCCAGCCAUGAUGGGAGGGAUGUCCACAAUGAACCAGGGCAUGGCUAACAUGAGCGUUGGGGCAGCUCCCCGAAUGAUGAGUCCGCAACCAAUGAUGGGAACAGGAAUGGGCAUGCAACCAGGGAUGAUGGGAGGAAUGCCCCAGGGCAGCAUGGGAAUGCAGAGCACCACCGUAUCGGGACAGUCGUCGUUCCAGAAGCGCACAGACUCCGCCUUAGCAUCUUUCGGCAACGUCAAAUAGUGUAGUCCACCAUCACCAUCAGUCAAAUAGUGCAUCCAUAGUCAUACUGACAUCACAUAUACACCCAUCAGAGAUAUCAUUCGUAUCGCCCUCCUAGGCCUAUUUUCUAUAACAGUACAGUGACAUUUUCAAAUUUAUAUCUACCUGUCUUGUUAUGAGCUCUUAAAAAACAGAACAACCUUGAUUGCCCAAGGUAUUGUGUCUCCAUUCUAUGAUAAUAAAUAUUCUGACAAUUCUCACACAGCAUCAUUUUGGAAUCGAUGCUUCUACUUCCAUCCCUGACCGAGCCCAAAUUUUGUCUUCUUCAUGAGAUUAAAAUCAACAACCAAAAACACUGCCUCUGAAAGCAGUUGGGUCUUCAAUCUACACUUAAAGUCCCGAUCUCUUCCUAAUGAGAACAUGAUUUGUGUAGCAAAUCAUAUUCUUAUGUAAACUAACUAUAAGUUUCAAAAGAUAUUUCCCAAGUAUAUCAAGACAAGGGAGAAUGGUCAUCAAGCUACAUGGUGUUGUGUUUUAGAUUUCAGGAAACGCACAGUAUAUUUCUCAUGUUAAGUCAUUGGAAGGAAGUCCCUAUGUAUUUGAGAUAGCAGAAGGUCAAGUUUAGUACUGACCGCGGUCAUAAAGACUUGCUUCAGCCAAUCAAGGACUCUGGAAUUACAAUUCCAGAUUUUGGACUUCUUUUCAUGUCAUUCCAAAACAAGACAAUAAGUACAGGGUAAUUUUACAAAUGGAAUGGAGAUUCAGUACCCUGGAGGAUCAACAGUGGAAAGACAGUGGUGUAGUAUUAUGUGUGUUGCUUCUUGGGUACAUCAUUUAGCACAGGUGGAACAGUUUCUGUCCAUACAGGUAUGGCUAUUAUAUUAGAUCUUUAAUCAUUAUACAAGUGUAUGCAAAGUUUAUAUAUUUGAGUAUUUUAAGUUACAACCUGGAUGACGAAGCAUUACAUCAAAAUGUUAAACAAGUGUAUGUAAAAGUGUGUGACUCAGGAGCUUCUGCAGGAGCAGGAGUAAAGUGGAUGCUGAUGUCUGAUUGGUCAAUAUUAUUGUGUCCUCGUUUCUGAUUGGUUGGUGUCAUACAGGCAUAUAUUUCCCCCCACCUAUCAUAUAGAAACAUUGGCAUCAGAUUUCGCAAUAUUUUUAUUGGACUCUUUAAAGGGGAUCAUUGCUUUGAUAUGAAGCAGUUUGAAUUUUGCGAGAGCCUCGGAUUAGGUGUUUUCAUGACAUUCCAGGAUGUUGUCAUACCAGUUCUUUCUUACACGCCAUGUUUUAAUUAAAAUUAAUAGAACAACAUUAAUACAUGUGAAGUUAUGAUGCAGUUGCAGUUAAAAAGAGACUUAUCAUUAACUAUGAAGUUUUCAUAACCGAGGAUCUAACAAUGUCAGGUACUUGUAGAGCUCGACGUAUCAAAAUGCACCUUUUAUCAUUUGUUCCUUUUAUAUGUAUUAUUUUCAGCCCAAUGCCAAAUUAUUUACAAACCACAGGACACAUACUGUAAUCUGCUGAAGAAAAUCUUCCAAUAUUCUAUUCCUACAAGAUUUUGAUUUAUACAAAAUGCCAUGUUGCCAUGGUUACAGAUGUACAGAUUGGUUAUUGUGGUAAAGGGCCGUGUUUAUGUUGUAGCAAAAUAAAGCAAACUUUUAACAUCAAUUGGGUCAAAGAUAUUUAUUUUUCUUA